UUGAUUUUGCACUUUUCUUUGAUUUUCUCUUGAAUCUAAAAAAUUCAGAAAUCAUUUCCAAAUUCAGAAUUAAAUUAAAAUUAAAAUCUUCUUUAUUUCCAUAAAUUAAUAAAGCCAAAAAAUUUAUAUAUCAAUUAAUUCCAAUGUCUGCCCCACCAGUUCCAUACAGAGCAGAAUCAAAUUCCCAACAAUAUACCCCUUCAUUCCCUCCACCUGUCUAUUACAGGGAUACAUUUGGACUUGAACCAGUUGAAUAUUUACAGGGUGAUUGUAUAACAGAUUCAGAUGAUGAAUCUGGAACUACAAAAUCUACUGUUCGUCACCACAAUUUUGUCCGUAUUUUCCAUCCGGGGCCUUCUACUUCUUGUCAAACUAUAGAGCAUCGACCAUCAUUGCCUUUCAGUCAGAUUCCCCGUCGAAAAUCAGGUUUUUCUACCACAACAAGUAAUCAUGCUACAAUACCUGAAGAUCAAACUUCACAACCUAGCACACUUCAGUCAAUGCAGGUACUUUUAGGUGUUGCUUUACAACUUUUAAUAUUUUCAAUUGUUUGUGUGUUUUUUGAUGGUUAUUGGGCUGGAAUUUGUAUUAGCAUUUUUCUUUUAAUUAAUUCUGUUUUGUUAAUUAUAUUUAUGCGUUAUAAACAAACUCGAAUAAUGAUUUGGAUUUGUAUGAUUUUUUCAACAAUAAGUGUCCUUUUAUCAAUUAUAUUAUUUACUCUUUGCACUUAUUUUACUUAUGAAGACAGUAUUAAAAGUUUUUCAAAUAAUGAUGAACAACAAAUUGUUUCAGCAGCUAAUGAUAAUAUUGAAUCGAAUAAAAUUGUACAAAAUGCAAGGUGUUUUAAUUAAAGAAAAAAUUUCCCCAAAAGUGUUAUCUACUCUUGAAAAAACUAAUGGAACUUUAAAUAAUUUCUCUCAAACUGUC